GUCGAUGUGUGUUAAUGUUAAAUAAAACCUGUGUUUCAUGUUACUACAUAGCUGCAGAACCCUGAACUAAAAAUUUAAUAAAUUCAAAGAAAUGUUUUCCAAAAUGUUAAUUUGUGCUUUACAGAAAAUCCAAUAUGUUAGGUGUUCUUAAAUCAUGCAACUAUGUUGCUAGAUUAAACAUGGCAACAAGAAAGUUUUCAGACUUCAUAAAAAUUGUUGAAGUAGGACCUAGAGAUGGUUUACAAAAUGAAAAGAAAUUGGUUCCCACUGAAACUAAAGUGGAACUUAUUAACCAGCUUUCAGAGUGCAACCUGCAAUUCAUUGAAGCUACCAGCUUUGUGUCACCUAAAUGGGUUCCACAGAUGAAAGAUCAUGUAGAGGUAAUGCAUCAAAUACAGCGUAAACCAGGAGUUAAGUAUUCAGCAUUGACACCAAAUAUAAAAGGUUUUGAAGCAGCUUUUGCUUCAGAAGUUGAUGAAGUAGCGGUUUUUGGGGCGGCGUCUGAAUCAUUCAGUCAGAAGAAUAUAAAUUGCUCAAUACAAGAGAGCUUGGAAAGAUUCAGACCUGUGGUACAAGCGGCCAAGGAUAAUAAUGUGCUGGUGCGCGGGUAUGUGUCAUGCGUGCUCGGUUGCCCGUAUGAAGGAAAUAUCAAACCAAGCUCUGUCAUCGAUGUUGCUGAGCAGAUGGUUGACAUGGGUUGUUAUGAAGUCUCUCUUGGAGACACUAUUGGUGUUGGUACACCUGGCUCAAUGAAGGUCUUAUUGUCGGAACUGUUAAACUCAAUUUCAAAUCAAAUUAUUGCACUGCACUGUCAUGAUACGUAUGGUCAAGCUCUGGCUAACAUACUGACAGGGUUGGAAAUGGGAGUCACAACAUUUGAUUCUUCAGUUGCUGGACUGGGUGGGUGUCCUUAUGCAAAAGGAGCAUCAGGAAAUGUGGCAACUGAAGAUGUAAUUUACAUGAUGAAUGGAAUGGGGCUGCAAACUGGAGUGGAUUUGGAUAAACUGUGUAAAGUUGGAAAUUUUAUCAGCACUUUUUUAAACAGAACCAAUGCUUCAAAAGUUGGGCAAGCACUUUCGCACAAACAAAGUUAAAAUUUAUAUCUUAUGAUCUAAAUAGUUGCAAAAACCUAUACUUCAUGAGUGUGUAUGUGUGGUUACAGUUUAACAAUUACCGGGUCCCUUAAAUUAUUGCAUGUCUACAACGCCAUUAUAUCGAACUAAAUGGACAUAGUAAAUAUUGUGAUUUGUGAAUAUUGUGAUUUGUGAAUAUACAUAUACCAGGCAUCUGAGGCAUGCACAUUAAAGGGAUUGCAAUUACCUACCUAUACCUACCAUACUACACUGUUUAUGUUUUAUAUUUCACACAGAGCAUAUUAAGCACAAUAGCCUCCUAUAUUUAUUCCAAACAACGCGAGAUCAAAAUCUUGGCUUUCGUUUUCGUCCAGUAUACUUCGUAUUAAUUGAAACUUCUUUCCCUUGACGUUUUCUUCUUUCCUUUUUCUCAAUAAUCCAAUCUCUUGAUUUUUUGAUACUUUUGUUUCGUUUAUCUGAACCACGUUGCUCUCUCUCUUUAACAUAUUUAAUUUGUCUUUUCUUUUUUGCCUCUUCUUCUGUCCCAAGAGCCUUGGGAAGAGUAGGCGAUGCAACUCCACAAAAUAAACAGAGAAAAAUCU